AGCGCGUCGUGACUUGUCGGAUAGGUUUCCUCCUUCUUCCUUUCAACAGCGCCGAGCCAUGUACUCCAUUCGAGAAAAAGAAAAAGAUUCAGAGGUACUACGAGAAGCGCAGGGUUCGCUUGGACAAGAAUGCCAUGACAUCGCCGAACAACCUCCUCUGGCAAGAUGGCAGCCUGAGCUGCUAUGGCACUACACAUUCACGAGUUCAACAUCCGACUUCCGAGAAGUGCUCGGCGUGCCAGAACCCACCAAGGGCAGUCGCGUACUCUACAUUCUCGUAUCCCGCAAGCUCAAGCCCAUUACGGAGCUACACGGCGAAGAGCUUUUCGACGUGUGGCGUCAGUGUAUCUUGUGCCAUGUUACCCUGUGGAAGGAAGGGGUCUAUCACCGGGACGUCAGCCCUGCAAACAUGAAGUGGUACCGGAAAGACGGGAAGCGGAUAGGCAUUUCAAACGACUACGAUUUCUCCUCGUUGGCGGAUGACCUAGGUCCUCGGGGCAACGAACGCACGGGCACCGUGCCUUUCAUGGCAAUCGACUUUCUCACCGAAGAGGGUCAACGCGGCGAAGUGAAACAUCUGUAUCGCCAUGAUCUGGAGUCAUUUAUGUGGGUUUUCAUCUGGGUUUGCUUGCGAUACAGGGAGGCAGUCCUUUUGCCAACGGGAUCGCGCCCUUUUGAUAACUGGGCGACUAUAAACGCUGUUGCAUGUGGCAAGGAGAAGCAUCAUUUCCUAAGCAAUUUGAAAGAUCGCUACCUCUGGGGUGUUGAUAAAUAUAUGGGGCAUUUCGUUGUGAAAUGCGUCAUUAUGCUUCAACAAAAUGACCAGCAUCGAGUUUCUCGCUGCAUUGAACUACUGGCCGAGCGAAUCUUGAACCAAGGGGCAACCGAGCAGUCUAACGACGAGGAGCCGGAGGAUAUCGAUGGUUUCCUGCAGAUGUUUACAACCAUGCCGAGCUGGGUAAAGCUCACUGAGCUCAGCAACCCUUCACAGUGAUUUCUGUACUCCUACAUACGGUUUUCUGCAUAUCGACACUUGUAACUUUCAGUUGUUUAUAGCAUCGACGAUUUGGGCACCAGAUGAUCUAGGACCAACAGAAAGAACAUGACUUAUGGAUACAGGCUGCCGCUGUGUAAGUAUGGUAGGAAUAUCUCAUGCAAGAA